AUGGUGAGGUGUUUUGAAUUAAGUUACAAGUAUUUUUCUACUGUGAUUAUUUGCAUAUUGAUUUAUCUGGUCAUUUUAAGAUUGAAUGAUCAUUGCAUUUUGUGUGAUGCUUUACAAAUUAGCAAAUCAACAAGCAAUGAAUUAGUAUCUGAUACAAAUGAAAGCAAAUAUAAAACGGGUUCAAUCGAAUUUUAUUUAUGUAUUUUAUUUAGCAUAGCACUGAUUUUUUUUGGAGGAAUUUUAUCUGGUUUAACAACAGGUUUAAUGUCACUAGACAACGUUCAAUUACGUGUGCUGAUUGAGGCAGGAAACGAACACGAAAAAAAAUGGGCAAGAACUGCUCUAGACCUUAUUAAAAGACACCAUUUAUUAUUGGUUACUUUACUGCUCGCUAACUCUAUAUGUAUGGAAGCACUGCCAUUAUUUCUUGAUAGGAUAAUCCCAAGCUGGGUUGCAGUGAUUUUAUCAGUCACAGCCAUCUUGAUUUUUGGUGAAAUUUUACCUCAAGCAAUUUGCACAGGUAAACACCAACUUAGAAUAGCCGCAAGCUGUGCAACCUUUGUCAAAUGCCUAAUAAUUUGUUUUUUUAUAUUUUCGUGGCCAAUUAGUAAAAUCCUGGAUUACUUUAUUGGGGAGAAUGGAAAAACAAAUAAUUUUUAUGCAAGGGGGCAACUUAAAGCAUUAAUAGCUCUACAUAGAAGAACUGGUGACUUUGAAAAUGCUCCUAUAUCACUAUUUUCAGUUGUACCAAACAUAUUAGAAGGGCAAACUGAGAAAAAAAUAUAUAUUGAAGAAAUUAAACUAGAUGAUUCAAAGAACGCAAAUUCUGGUAUUAAAGGAAAAAUUCAGAAUUUUAAAGAGAUGCAUUUAAACCCUUCAUUUUUUCAAACAUUAUUGAAUAGUAAUGAAAGAAUGAUUGUUGAUUCACAAAAACGAAUAGUAAGCAAAAAUCCACCCGAUUUUAAAAUGAUCGAAAACAACGGAUUAGCAAAUGAUGAAGUCACUAUUAUUCAAGGUGUGUUAGACAUGGCAAAUAAAUCUCUACUUGAGCUAUCCGUCCCUUUAGACAAAGUAUACAUGUUACAUAUUGACUCAAAGUUAGACCACUUACUUUUAGAAGAUAUAUUAAGAGUAGGGCAUUCAAGAAUUCCCAUCUAUUCAGGAAAUAGGCAUAAUAUUAAAGGGUUACUUUUAGUUAAGUCACUAAUUACUAUUGAUCCGGACGAUUCAAUAACAAUCAAAUCUUUAUUUGAUUCGAAAGCUUGCAAUAGGUAUAUAGUGGAGCCGAUCUUUACUUCCCCAGAUACUAACCCUUAUGACGCUCUAAACAUGUUCCAACAAGGUCGUUGCCAUGUUGCAAUUCUUACAAACUAUGUUGAUGAAUACACAUAUUCAACCAAGACAAAUACGCCCUUGCCAGAUAACUGCGAAAUCAUAGGGAUUGCAACUCUAGAGGAUAUUAUUGAGGAAAUAAUACAAGAAGAAAUUAUCGAUGAAUUUGAUAAAAACCAACGCAAUUCUAACAUAAAAAAUAAUUUUAGCUGUAUGAAUGAGAAAAGUUCAAUUAGAAGGAGCUCAUCUUUUUUUAAGUUUGAUAAGUCCAUAAAUGAUUACUUGAAUUAUGGGUUCAAAAUAUCUAAAAAAAACUACAACUUUUACAAAGAACAUUUUGUUUCUGCACCUGAAUUGUGGAGUCCUAUAUAUUAUAGUAAAUAA